AUGAAUGAGCCUGAGUCAAUGCAAAUGCAGGACAGCUUACUAUCUUUUGUCGAGUCUAGCCCCCCUGCUCCUGAUCAAGUUUUUGAGAGCCCAGUAACCACUAUAGUAGGGGCAGACAUAGUAGAGCCUACUCAAAACCCUUCACCAGAUGUUCCACGGCCAGUUGUAUCAGCCAGCAACCAUCAUCAACAGAACGAUGGAAACCAAAUUCCCACACCGUCGCGGUGGAACGAAACUGUUCUAUCAGAGCAGAAUUCGUCAGAGAGGCAAACAGCAAUGCUUCGCUUCCGGUAUCAGAUAGUACCCUGGUUAGAUUCAAAUGCCCCGGGAUCGUCAUUCGGACCAAAGAUCAUGACGUUGGCCGCCGAGAAGUCCAUCAUUAUGGAUGUCAUCGUCUGGGUCGCUAUGCGCCGGAGUAGAAAGAUCACAAGCUCGGACGGUCACGAAAGCGAUCCUCAUAUUGUUCAACAAUUUCAUCAUCGAUUAUCUCUAGAGGAUGCUCUGACUGGUGAUAUUGGGAGAUCCUUGCUUGCUCUGGGCAAUUUCUUCUACACAAGCCCCUCUGAGUGGACCACUCUCUACACUGAUUACAGUAAUGGAGGCGGCCAAUAUCAUUUCUUUGAAAAUCAAGAAGAGCCCCUCAAAACCCUUGAGCGCUUCCACUACAAGACAGAGCUUGCUGCUGGCAUUAUAACCUUCAAGGCACCAACACUACAGCCAUUGCCAGCGAUAAAUGAGUCGUUCAUAAGCCCAAACAUGUCGCCACUUCAAAUUUACGACGCAUGUUUAACACAUCUCAGCGCAUGUUGUCGUCUAAUCCAUUGCGAGCUCAUCCCGUUAUUCAACGGUAUCUUCACCACACAAUCCCCAAAUCACGACUCCCCCUCUCUUGUCUGGGCAACAUGGUCCAAGCUAUGGGCCAGGUGCGUGCAAUGGUUCCGAGAUCGCCCCCCAGAUAUGAUUCCUCUCCUGGAGAGCCCCGAAGUCGACGCUCACACAGCGGCCACCAACUCUCCCUUCGCAGCUGACGUCUACUCCAGCGCCAUAGCAGUGCAGGCAAACCUGGCCAUUCACUUCUCCUCACUUCUGCUCCUAUCAUAUAAGCCGCGACUGGUCAAGUUAUCUUCAAACCCUCAUCGGCUGGUGUCGAAAAGCUGGCAUGCUCAGAAGCUCGCCAAGCUGGCUUUGUGGAAUAACUUUUCGGAUCAGUGGGAUCCUGUCGUGGUGGCAACGGUUGUUCGCGUUGCUAGGGAUAUGACUUAUCCGUCCCAGCAGGAGGCUCUGCUCUCGUGCUUCCAGCGAAUUGGAGAUGCGACUCGGAUUCCUCUGCAGAGUGAGAUUGCGGAUCUGCAACAGUUUUGGUCGUCAUCUCGACAUACUAAUGCGCCCACACAUAACCACACGUAG